GCUUGUUGUUUGAAGUCGAAACACAAUCUCAAUAUUGGGUAGGACUUUGAAGUUUAUGAAAGGAAGUGCGGCAAUUGGCUUAAGUUUCAGACUUUCUGUCAGACUAAGGAGCUGCGAUGCUGAACAGAUUCAAACUGAGCAUCCUUUUGCAGGGCCUGACUCUGUUCCUGUUAGGCCCGACCUGCAAAGCCUCUUCUCUGGGGCUGACAGUCCAUGUUGUGCCCCUGGACAGCAAUGAAGGGAGAACGGUGCGGGCUCAUUUCAUUGCCAUCGCUCCCAGUCCUUGUCCAGCUUUGUCUGGACUGUGCGCUGAAGGCGAGGACUGUCUGGUCCACACUACCUCGUUACCUUUUAACGGCACCGAACCUGGUUCUGGCUGGUGUGUCCGCCAGUGGCAGAAAACUGUCUCUAGUAAUUACAAUGCCACCAUCAAUUUAGGGCCGAACACAGAAUUUUAUGUAUCUAUGAAUGCAGGACCAAAAGUUCGGGCAAACAGCGGGAGACUCAACCAACCUGCUUUUGUUGGUCUCCCUCCUCCACUAAGGGCUCGUGUGAACUGCCCCCACCACUUCCAUUUGUCAGUGAAAGACCUUGAUGGUGACAGGGUGCGAUGUCGCUUUGCCCGCUCCGACCAGGGAGAGUGUCUCAACUGCACUCAGCAUUCUUUUAUAGAGCUGGAUGAGCACUCUGGUUCCGAGCUGGUUUACACCAACACCUUGCAAAGUGUGCGUCCCUACACUAUGGUCAGCCGCCAGCCUUCCCUCGUCCUCCCUCUGGCCUGCCGUAUCCCUGGUGUCCAGGCCAAAGGGCCGCAGUACAAGAUCGGCAUGCCCACAGAGACUGAGACCUUCGGUAAUGUUCGGUAUUGGAUAGAAAUUCACUUUCCAGGAGAGGGGCCCCUGGCAAAUUUCACGCGCAUCCCCAGGCUUCGCAGCCUCCAAAUGUCACCAGUCCGAGUGCGCCGAGAAGCAGAAUCUUCUACAAUCGACACGACCUCCACUGGCUCCACUAACAGCACCUCUACCGGCUCCACUAACAGCACCUCCACCAGCACUUCUACCGGCAAUGCCAUCGGGUCCAAGGUCACCAAGCUGGAUCUCCAUGUGUUGUCCAACUGCAGCAUUGAUCGAGCCGAGAUGAUAGUGAGCAAUUGUAUGGAGUCAGAGACGGAGGACUUUGCACAAUCCAAACCCAUUCUGGAGCAAGGGUGUACAACCUCCAACAGCACAUUAGAGGUUAUUACAUCAAAAAAAAAUUCCAGGGUUUACCGCCUUGAUUUAAGCAACGUGGAGACCAAAGGAUCAACGAUGUAUAUCCAGUGCACAGUCAAUCUGUGCAUCGCCACCUUGCCCUCUCUGAAGUGCCCUGAUGUGUGUACCCGCUCCAUUGAUCAGAGAGCGGUGAUUGGCAGUGUGUUUACCAAAACCUACACUGUCACCUCAGGACCUGUUAGCCUUGUGGUCACAACUGCUGCACCAACCACAACAACAGUCGCCACUACUACUACACCUACUACACCUACUACAACAACUACUACUACUACUACUACUACCACCGCUACAGCUACCAUAGCUGUCCAGACCACCACCCCCUCACAUGCUCCAGAACAGGCCUCAGCCAUUGCAGGAGUGAUUUUGACAACUAUCUGCAUAUUUCUUCAAAACAUCUUCCUUUACUGAACACGCUACUGGACAAUGAACCGUCAGACCAGGGAGCAUUACAUUUGCUGGUUUGCGACGUUUGAAGAUCUUCCCCCUCACUUUCUUUCACUUUCUUUCAUCUCUCUGACUAUUUUUUUGCUGUUUUAGCAAAUAAAUGUAAAUGUAUGUUUGAAAAUACUUUAUAUACUAUAUAAUAAUAUAAUAUACUAUGAGAAUAUUUUUUCUUAUAAAAAAAUAAACCAUGAUGAGAGCACCAGACAUUUUUUUAUUUUGCACUAUUUUGUGUACUAGAUAGAUUAGAGUAAAUCGUUGGGCACUUACAAGCAGCAUUUUGUCUGCAUAAUAUAUUGGGGGGGAAUUAAAAAGGCUAAAUAAUUAAAUCCAGUCAAAGAUAGCCAGACAAUAUAUUGUUGGAUGUUCAAAACUAUUGAGCAGAGGAUACACUCACUAAAGGUGUGGAUAGGUGUAUUUGAAACUCUACAAACAUUUAAGAUAAUUCAAAUAUUUAAUCACACAAAAGUCUAAUUUGUGCAUUUCGUCUUAGAUCCUAAAAUCCGGCACAGUGACAGUUUGAGACUGUGCCCACGGUUGUGUGAUGUAAAAAUAUGAAAAAAAGUGUCUGUAAUAAAUUGUUGGUAUAACCUGAAUAUAUCAUUAAACAGUUAU